CAUUGUGCCACCACCUAUGCUGUAUCGUCUAAUCGUUUCAAGUGCUUUGUUCCAUUACAUUCGGUUUUUUCCGUUUGAGGACGGUUGUCAAACAGUGUAGCAAAUUAUUUUUAAUAAAAAUAUAAUAUUUAUAAAAUGGAGAGUGUUGGGAAACAGGAUAAUAACGCCACACAACCGUUGCCACAGCGCCAGCAGCGGGGAAAUCAGCAAGCCAACAAAAAUCUUGGCAAGCAUAAUGCUCAAAAACAAAAUGAUUCCGUAGAUGGAUGCCCGGCUGAAAAGAAGUCACGAUUCAGUGGUCCAAAUCCCCAGCAUCAAAACCAGAGCCAGAAUCAAAAUGGUGGUGGUGGUGGUGCAGUUGGUGGCCCCAAUCAAAAUAAGAACUUUGGAAACAACAAGGGUGGGUUCGCUGGAAACCGCAAUCGCAAUAACAACAAUAACAACAAUCGGGCUGGGAAUCAAAACCGGACUUUUCCAGGCACUAACAAUGCAAAUCAAAAGACCAAUAACGAUACAUCAAAGGCGGACGGUGCUAAUGCACCUGCUAAGAACAAUGAACCGGCAACUGCAGCUGCUGGCCAAAAUCAAGCGAAUCAGAACGCCAACAAGGGCCAAAAUCAACGGCAGGGGCAAAACCAAAAUCAAGUCCAUGGUCAAGGAAAUCAAGGAGGGCCUGGCAAUCAAGGAGGUCAAGGAAAUGGUCAAGGAUUUAGAGGUCGCAAUGCUGGUAACAAUCAGGGUGGCGGUUUCCCCGGAGGUCCACAGAACCAGCAGCGUGACAACAGAAACCGAGGUGGUCCACGCCCUGGUGGAGGCCCAGGUGGUAUGAUGAACAGCACCAAUAUGGGUGGUGGUGGCAAUGGAGGUGGUGGUCCGCGCGGCGGUGAGGACUUCUUCAUUACCCAGCGAUUGCGCAGCAUUUCUGGACCCACCUUUGAACUGGAACCGGUGGAAGUGCCCACGGAGACCAAGUUCUCUGGACGAAAUCGUCUCUAUGUGGGCAACCUGACCAACGACAUCACCGACGAUGAGCUGCGCGAGAUGUUCAAGCCAUACGGCGAGAUCAGCGAGAUCUUCUCGAACCUGGAUAAGAACUUUACAUUCCUAAAGGUGGACUACCAUCCCAAUGCCGAGAAGGCCAAACGCGCCCUGGACGGAUCGAUGCGAAAGGGUCGCCAAUUGCGGGUACGAUUCGCACCCAAUGCCACCAUUUUGCGGGUGAGCAAUCUCACACCGUUUGUUUCCAACGAGCUGCUGUACAAGUCCUUCGAAAUCUUUGGUCCCAUCGAGAGAGCCAGCAUCACUGUCGACGAUCGUGGCAAGCAUACGGGCGAGGGAAUAGUCGAGUUUGCCAAGAAGUCAUCCGCCAGCGCCUGCCUGCGAUUGUGCAAUGAGAAAUGCUUUUUCCUGACUGCUUCCCUUCGGCCGUGUCUGGUGGACCCGAUGGAGGUGAACGACGACACCGACGGACUGCCGGAGAAGGCGUUCAACAAAAAGAUGCCCGACUUCAACCAGGAGCGGAGCAUUGGUCCGCGCUUCGCCGAUCCCAAUUCGUUUGAGCACGAGUACGGUUCGCGCUGGAAGCAGCUGCACAAUUUGUUCAAAACCAAGCAGGACGCACUCAAACGCGAGCUGAAAAUGGAGGAGGACAAGUUGGAUGCUCAGAUGGAGUACGCUCGCUAUGAGCAAGAAACUGAACUGUUGCGUCAAGAGCUGCGAAAACGCGAGGUGGACAACGAGCGUAAGAAAUUGGAGUGGGAGAUGCGUGAGAAGCAGGCCGAGGAGAUGCGCAAGCGCGAGGAGGAUACCAUGAGACGCCAUCAGACCGAGAUGCAGAGCCACAUGAAUCGGCAGGAGGAAACACUGUUGAUGAAGGCGCAGCAGCUCAAUUCGUUGCUGGAUCAGCAUGAGGGAUUUGGAGGCGGCGGCAACAACUCCAGUUUUGACAACUUCGGCGGUAACAGCAAUUCGCCAUUUGAAGUUUUUAGAGGCAAUAACAACAACAAUUCCACAAUGAUUGGAAACAAUUCUGGCCCCAACACACAGGACUCCUUCGCUUUUGAAUUUGGGGUUAACAAUAUGAACCAAGGCGGCAAUCAACGUGGAAAUAAUGGCGGAGGAAAUAAUGUCCCAUGGGGACGCCGACGAUUUUAGACACUGGAUCUAUCAAACAUAUAAGGAUGCGAUAUGGCGUACUCUCAAAUAUUGAUUACGUUUCACAUUUUAACUUUGUUCGUUUGUCAGCGAGCAGAAUGAACUUGCUUAAAAGGAUCAUCUUAUCGAAUGCACCCAAAUUUGAUUUGAUUUAAUAUUUAGUCAAAUAUUAUUAAACGUCUAUCGGUACUAAAUUGUACAGUCAACUAACAAGCAAUGUGUAAUGACAAAAUAUUAUACAGUUUAAAUCCCAAAAUGAUUGCUUAUAAGUGCAACGCUGCACCAAAAAACAAAAUCAUUACGUACAUAUACUUAAUCAUAACGAUAAUUUAAAUUAUGUAUGUGGCGACCUACAUUCUCCGGUAAUAUAAUUCUUUUUUGUCCACCAUUCAAAUGAAAUAUAUAUAAAGAUAUAUUGCUAAUCGACUUAUAUGAA